AUGGAUAUGAGUAUAACUCAAAAUGGGAGCAUAAGAAACAUUUCUCUUUGUUAUGAACAUCAUCCUAACUCCUGUCAGAAGUUCAUCUAUCCACUGGCCAUGCGAGUUAUUGUGUAUUAUGUCAUUGGUGUCAUUAUACUUCUUACAUUGUUUGGAAAUCUUCUGGUGAUCACAGCCAUCACUCAUUUCAAGCAGCUGCACACACCAACUAACUACCUCACUCUGUCUCUGGCUGUAGCUGACCUGCUUUUAGGAGGGGCUGUGAUGCCUGCCAGCAUGAUACGCUCUGUGGAGACUUGCUGGUAUUUUGGGAGUUUAUUCUUUUUAAAUCUUGCAUUUAUCUCUGUUGAGCGAUAUUAUGCAGUAUGCCACCCCCUGCAGUACCACAGUAAAAUAACCCCUCUCACUACUCUGUUCAUGAUCACCGUGUGUUGGAGUGUUUCUGCUGCUGAGGGGAUUGUUUAUCCUGAGCUAAGCGUUCUGUACAUGAAAGCUUACAGUGAUGUUAUAUGUAAGGGAGCCUGUGUGUUGUUUGUUGGCCCCAUAAUAAGUUUUUCAGUUUCUGUAGUCUGUUUUUACAGCCCUAUCAUUGUUAUGUUAAGCAUAUAUCUGAAAAUAUAUCUUGUUGCACAGAGGCAAUCACGAUUAGUCCGCAGUACUGUCUCUCAAGUAAAUAAAUCCAGAGGGCGACCUGCCAUUAGUAAAGCACAGAGUAAAGCAACUAAAACAUUAGUCAUUGUCAUGGGAGGGUUUCUAUUAUUUUGGGCACCACUUUCUAUCUAUAAUCUCAUUGUGACAUUGUUUGGUUUUAGUGGUCCACCACACCUGCUGGAUGUGUUCUGUUGGAUUGCUUAUUCAAAUUCAGCCCUCAAUCCUAUUAUAUAUGCAUUCUUCUACAAGUGGUUUAGAAAAGCCCUCAAAGUUAUUUUAAUAGGUCAAAUAUUCAGGAACAACUCUCACAGAAUGCAGUUGUGUUCAGAGUAG